CAACAAAGCCCGGAUCAAAAGUGGUUGGCAUGGCGCUUUAGGGAAACGCGCCGAAGAACAGGGCUUUUCAUAUGGCUGAACGAUUGCUUUCUCGCAAUCAUGACUGAAAAUCCACCAACAUUGCUGAGUCGGACUUUCAAUUUGAGAAUACCCUGUCAAGAAGACUUAUGGCAGGCUGGCUCUGCUCAAGAUUGGGCUUGCAUUGCUCCUUCCCUACUAAUCAAUGCGGAGAACGAUUUAUAUGCUACAGAGAAAGCAGAUCGGGCACUUGUCUGGGACUUAUCUCAAGAAUUUUGGCAACAACUUCGGCGGCCUGAGCCAACUACCCAGUUUGCCACUCUCGUGAUACUGCACGUCAUCUUACGACAAAAAUGGGAGCCGGAUCACUAUAAGAACGACGCACUUAACUUGGUUACAGCAGAUGGUUUACAAGUGUCUUGGACGCAUCGAAAUCGCUAUUAUGGUGAAUUUACCGAGUUCAUGAGAUGGCGCAACCACACCUGCGACUGCCUAGAUAUUCUACACUGGGAAGCUCUUAGUGAAGCGAAUCGAGCAGGAGGACUCGAAGGCCCAAAUCUUCUACAACUUCACCUAGCACGCCUGGUUAUACUCGUGCCAGUGCGUGACUUGUUUGAUCGCGUUUCCGCCCUCAAUCCACCAUCCGGCCCACCUAAUAAUCAUCUUCCACAUAGCCUGUAUCAUUUGGCAAAUCCGAAUUCGAGAUGGAAUCGAAUUCUUUUCAACUGGGGUCACCAGGACCGCUACAAAGCUCGUCUAGCCGCUGUUCAUGCAGGUGCAGUGCUCUGGCAUAUUCGUCGUUACUCGGUGGCUUCGCUGAUAGAGCCAUACUCCAUUUUCCUCGCCACCCUAACUUUAUGAGCGUUUGGAAGCGCUUCGAAGGUAAUCGAAAGUGUACUGGUGGCCGAGUCAGAGGGGAGGAUACAAGAGAACCAUAGGAUCAGUCAGCUACAUCCAAAUACUGCUGUAUCUCUUACUCAACCAACGCAUGCAAGCCGAAUGCCUCAAAUCAUACAACUAGAUCGUCCUGUAGAUGAUGAGCUUGUACAACAUUUUAUUCGAUCUGGAGGGGAGAUGAAAAUAUGCCUCGAGGGUGUUGUCGACCUAUGCUCUAAGAAAAGGCCUUCCCAAGUCCUUCACGAGGGAG